GACGUUUAUAGGUACAAUCUAUUAAAUACAGGUGGGAAACUGCAGAAAGAACAGAAAGUAUUUAAAAACUGGUAAUAUUUCCCGACUUUGACAUUAAAAGGCUGUAGCAAAUUUUUAUAAAUUGGCAGAAAUUUUGACACGCGAAGUACAAACUUAUCUCGGCUACUGUGCCAAGGAAACGAUUCAGGAAACUCAAAAAUUUCACUGUAAAAAUCUCCAGUUUACUUCCUGGUCGCCGAAAGGAAAUUAAAGUUAUGUUGUGGAACUACUCCGAGUAAAAUGUCGAGACGAACGCAACUAGCGGAGGGAGAUGUGCAUGUCAAGAAAGGAAGAUUACAGAGCAAGAAGUUCAAGUUCCUAGUUGUCUGCCUAGGAGAUGAAAACAAUGCCAGUUUCAUCGAGGCUUACGAAAACCGAAGCCAUUAUGAAAAACCCAGCGACAAGCACAAACCAAAACGCUACACACUGGAAAAUGUCAAGGAGGAAGAUUUGGACAAGGUGGAAAGGAACCAGGCCAAGGAAUUUUAUAUCGACAUUCCACUGAAAAAGGACAAGUUAUGUCUGAUGUUUGAAAAUCGUGAAGAACUUUCCCAGUGGCACGAUGCCAUCAUUCAGGCCAUUAACAUGGAUGCGUACGAGGACAAUGAACUGAAGGAAAACUUCCUCUAUGAGUCAGAGGACAGUGCACAAGCGUUUGAUGUGGUGGUGCAGGAAACAGAUGGAUCCAAGAGACUGAAUUUAAGCAGCAGUGGAAAGUACAAAUUAUUUGUUACCAUGGCAUCACUGGGCCUUGAAGAUUCAAAAACACGAGAAAUCCAAGGCAGGUGGCAUUUUGAAUUCAUUCGUCGCUACGGAUUCACAAAAUCUCGGAAUUUAUUCACAAUUGAGGCUGGUCGUCGCUGUGAGACGGGUGAAGGAAGUUUUGAUUUCCAUGUGGUGGGUAAUCCUAAAGCACUAACACUGGCUAUAGACAAUGCUUUAAAGACCAAACAAACAAAACCUCUGACCUCAAGGUUGCACAUGGAAUCUGAGAAUAAAGAAGUGGCAGCAAAAUCUCGAGAUUCUCUAAAAUCAAACAAAAGGUCAUCUGAUACAUUGACAAGAAAGUCGUCGGAUUCAUUAAAACUUGAAGUUUCCAAAGACGCCCCAUCAGAGGGCGAGAUACAGACACCAUCAACCUUACAGCCUGGCUUUAAAAACUCCCUGGAAGAAAAAAUCGGUAACCACCCCACGUCACCCAAACCGCCGAAAGAGGGAAGCACCAAAGAGAAAAAGAGAGGGUUCUCGUUUCCGUGGAAGAAAGACAAAGGUGAUAAAAAAGAGAAUCAUAAAACUCAAGAGGGUAGUGAUCCUUCAGAUCUUUACGAUGAGCCUGAGAUUCCAGCAGCAGGCAAUAAAUCGUCGAUAAAGUACAAGAAAUCAGAACCAAUUUAUGAUGAGGCUGUUGGAAAUAACAACACUGCCCCAAGCAGUCUGCCACCCGUUUAUACAGAGCCUCAGAAAGCUAGAAAUGAGGCAUGGCGUAAACAGGGUGUAGUGGAAGAGCACCACGAAGAGGAUUAUAAAAAAAUCAAAGAUGCAGCAUUAAAAGACGGAGGAAAUGUUCCUCAAAUCCCAGAGAGAACAUACGAGGGUGAUGAAAUGUACGACCGUGUUGAUUUGAAAAUAAGCUCAAAGGGACAGAGACCAAAACCAACAGAUUCUGGUGAACACAUUUACGGAAUUGGGUCGGGUAAAAACAUUGAAGACAUCGACGAUGGGGACUAUGCAAGUGCUGAUUUUCCUGAAAAUGAAAUAACUGUGACAACAUCGGAACCAGUGGAGGAAAAUGACUAUGAAUUUGAAAAUGAUGGCGAAGAUGACACUUACGCAGAUACAAUGAAUCCUAGCGAAGAGUAUGCCGAUGCAGUGUCGUGCAUUCGUAGUCAGCCCCUGAAGGAACGGCCACAGUUAUAUGAAGACGUUUCAUAGCUGCAAGCUUGACGCAAAUCACAUUUAUAGCAGUAUACAAACCAUGUGACAAACUUAUAAUAAUGUGUGUACUAGUAUAUAAAGUGUAAACGAAUCUAAUCAAAAUUAAAUAGCACCCCUUGAAUUUGCUUUAACAUAUAGCAUUUCAACCAGUUUGUCUUUGGAAAACCUGCAUGUUUUAUUUGACUUAAUGUUGUCAAUUUCAUUGCAGGAUACAACACAUUUCUCAGUAGUGAGAAAAUGCAGGUAGUUUAAUUCAUUAUUAGUUAAGAUAUCUCAGUGUCCGAGUUCAAUUCUUCAAUAUCCCAGACCAUGUCCAUAAAACACUCUUGUUGUAUAUCUCCAUCUCAUCAGUCAGGUCUCUUUUUGAAGUAGCCUGGUUGAAAUCUCUUGCGAGACACCAUGGUUACUGCACUGGUUAUAAGUAUGUUGAGGUUUGUUACUGAUAAUACACUAGUGUACAUAAAUAUUUUUUGGUCAUCACUUGCAUUUAUUUCAUUCUUUUAAAAAUGGUAGAAAAUCAGAGAUGAAAUUGGAGUACUGUAGAUAAUUGUGGGACUGUGAUUGGUUUAAGAUAUUCCAUGCACAUCCUUGGUUUACAUGAUCCUAGGAAACAGUAUUAGAGCUUGCAUUGGAUGUGCCUUUUGAAAUUACACUUUUUGAUAAUGCAUGUAUGUGAUUGUAUUAAAAGUAUUUUGAAAAUACCUGUGGUGGUAUUUUUGUUCCUAUAUAUAAAAAUUGUUUUUGUUUUAUUCAAAUCAAUAUUCCAUAUUUAAAAGUUGCUCUGUUGUUAGUAAAUUGAUUUAUUUUUGAAAUAAUGUCCAAUAAUCUAUUUUCGUGGAGGAUAUUAAUUUCUAUUGUUUUUUGUGGAAUUGACAUAUUCUCCAAGAAAAAGAAAAACUGAACCGCAAUGAACAGUAACAAUUUUUUUAAACCAUGAAUUCAAGCCUCCACGAACAUAAAUAAAUGACUACGCUGUAUUUUUUCUGAAAGUACUGGUGAAAUGUUAUAUUAUGAAAAAGCAGGUAAAAGGUUAUUUAUAGUAAAUUUGAACUGAGGCCAGAUGCAAUAUUCCCAAAAUUCAAUGCAAUAUGAAUUCUAGGAUGGUUUUGUCUCAGCACUGCAUGGCCAAAAAGUAAAAUCUUGCCAUUUUUAUGUGUAAAACAUAUUUUGUAGAUAAGAAAAGUCCAUUGAUAUCUUAAGAUGACACAUGGCUUUUAACAGUCAAUAAGUAAGGUACACACUAUUCCACAGUAAAAUUAUACAUAGCCACUUCAUUGAAUGUACUGAUUAAAUGGGAAUUGUGCUGACCACCCACCCUCUCCCCAGGAUAAUGCCAUUAGACCAAAUAAUGUAUUAAAGGCUCAUUAUUUUCCUGUCCUGACAAAACAGCUGAAGCUUCGGACAAAAUUUUAUUGUGGUCACUGCCUUUAACAUUUAUGCAAAUAAGUCAUUUGUGAAAUUUAUAUAUACAUAUUUAUAUAUACACUGUGUGAUAAUAUACUUAGCAACAUUCCAUUUCCUCAGUAGAGGAGCUACUUUAUAAACCUGAAUUCAUAUUAAUGUAGAUUUUAUUGAUUAUUUAAAGUAUGGAUUACAUGUUUUUUUUAUAUAUAUGACAAUUUUAUAAAUCAUUUGCUUUCAAAGUAAAACUGAAUUCAUCAAUAUGUGCAUGCAUUUGAGAUAGUAAUUGUUUACGAUGAUAGUUAUGCAUUCCGUGUGCUGGAACAUAGAAUCUUUUGAUAUCGAAAGGAAUAUACAGUUUAAAAUUAUAAGACAAAUUUGUUUUUAUUUACAUGUAAUUUGAAAUCAGCAGGCUGUAUUUAAAAGUGAUUUAUAUACAUACUAUGUGUGUGUGUGUGACUAUACCAGAAUUGUGAUGUUAAUCAUAUUUUGUUGUAAAAUUACAAUCAAAUCAUACUUUUAACUAUUGUAGCACCUGUGCAAUUAAAUCAUGCUGACAAAAUUCUUUUUAAUAAAUGCUUAAUAAAAAUAUAAUUUCAAUGUAAAUUACUCAUGUUUUCAUAAUUUGUAUUACAGGAACUCUGAAGUUAUAUCAUGAAUUCCCCUUAUACUACUACUUCCUACAUGCAUUUAGUGUAGUCUUCCUGUCCAUGCAUACAUUUAGUGUAAACCUCAGUAAUCUUCCCACCCAUGCAUGCAAUGUAAAUUGGAAUGAUCUGCCCAUCCAUGCAUGCAUUUUGUGUAAACCAGAGUGAUGUGCCCACCCACGCAUGCAAUGUAAGCUGGUAUUAUCUAACUACCCAUGCAUGCAAUGUAAACCCAAUAUUAUACGCUCAACCAUGCAUGCCAUCUAAACUGGCAUUAUCUGACCACCCAUGUAUGCAAUAUGUAUACUGUUAUUAUCUGCCCACUCAUGCAUGCAAUGUAUACUGUUAUUAUCUGCCCACUCAUGCAUGCAUUUAGUGUAAACUGGAAUGAUCUGAUCAGAUCUAACAUCUUAAUUCUUCUUUCAGCUGGAGGUUCAGAGAACCGUAAGAAAACAAAAACAGGAAGUUAUUUUGAUAAUUUUUCUUGUUAUCUAUGAAUUUCUGCUGGCCAGAUUUUAAAUAAAGUAGUAUUACUUGAUGUUGUUCAUGUUGAUGACAACUGUACAUUAUGUUAAUGGCCUGUACAUUGUUUUAUAUAUUACGCAUCACUGUUUUGUUCACUGUAAAUUGUGAAAUGCUUUUUAUAGAUAAGCUGUUUUUCAAUAUGUUUGGUCUUGGGACUUUAGAUGAUUUAUUUUGAAAGACGAUUUAGAAUUGUUAAUUUUAAAAGUACCUUAUGAUAAAUCUUAUGUAUGUAUAUUGAAUUUUCAAAUUCCAUUACAAUCAAUAAAACAUUUUGAAAUGAAA